UUUUUCGUUAAGUAAGUGCACGCCAGCCUUGCCGUGUUGUGAGUGUGAGCUUGAGAGUGUGUUCAUCAUUUAGUCUUCUGGCCGUUCCCUCUCAUCUCUCGUCCUUCUGUCUCUUCGUUCGGCAGGGCAGCUCCUCCAGACUACAUCGACUUCAGCCGUUGCAGUAAGAGCAACAGAUUUUUCAUUCCUACUUUCUAACUAAGCAGCUAAACCCCAACACCAGCCAUGGAUGCCAUCAAGAAGAAGAUGUUGGCCAUGAAAAUGGAGAAAGAAAAUGCCAUGGAUAGGGCAGAACAGAUGGAACAGAAGCUCCGCGACGUCGAAGAGACGAAAAACAAGUUGGAAGAAGACUUCAACAAUCUCCAGAAGAAAUUCUCCAACCUGCAAAACGACUUCGACACAGCCAACGAGGCUUUGACAGAAGCCAACACCAAAUUGGAAGCUUCUGAGAAAAACGUUGCCCAGCUUGAAAGUGAUGCUGCUGGAUUGAACAGACGUAUCCAGCUCCUGGAGGAGGACUUAGAAAGAUCAGAAGAACGCCUUCAGAGUGCCACAGAAAAGUUAGAAGAGGCUUCAAAAGCAGCAGAUGAGAGCGAAAGGCAGCGACGAACCGUAGAAAACAAAUUAUGCGCUGGGGAUGAAAGACUGGAAGAGGCAGAAAUCCAUCUCAGGCAAGCAAGACAGGUAGCCAGUGAAGCUGAAGCCAGAUAUGAUGAGGCUGCUCGCAAAUUGGUGGUCUUAGAAACUGAAUUAGAAAAAGCUGAAGAACGAGCUGAAAAGGCGGAGAGGAAAGUGAAAGCCCUAGAGGAUGAAGUACAUGCGCUAACCAAUAACCUUAGAUCAUUAGAGCGAUGUGAGGAGAAGGCCUCCCAGAGAGAGGAUAGCUACGAGGAGACAAUCCGAGACCUGACACAGAGGCUGAAGGAUGCUGAGAACCGUGCCACUGAAGCUGAGCGCACAGUAUCCAAACUGCAAAAAGAGGUGGACAGAUUGGAAGACGAACUAGAACAAUCCCGUGAUCAGAAUGCCCAGUUGAGACUGGAAAUGGAUCAAUGCAUCACUGACUUGGAAAAUCUCUAGUGUUCAUGACAGACGAGCUCCUGGCAGAGAAAGAGAGGUACAAGUCAAUUUCGGACGAGCUGGAUUCCACGUUUGCCGAACUUGCUGGCUACUGAGCCUCCUAUUGCCUUUAUCGACAACAUUGAUACAAGAGCUUCCUCAUCAUUUCACUCAUUGUCGCAGUUAUUUAUAUUUAAUAGGCUCGGUCUGUUGCCAGUUUUUUCAAGAUCCACUAUGGCAAUGUUGUCCACUUUCUCGAUAGCUUGUAAAAACUCUUUUUUUCUGCCCACAUUGGAAUUAUAUGCCAAGUAAUCUAGUAAUAUUUUUACCAAACAAACAUUUGAUGAAAAUUGUGUGUAUGAUGAGGAAAUUAAUGGUUAACCGAACACUAUCAGGAAGACCAAACAGACAUUGUAUAAAAUUGUUCUUGCUUGCACCUUUCAUAUUUUGUACAGAGAAUGUUAUUGCUCUAACAGUUUUAUGUCGGCUAAAGCAUGAUGUUGAAGAAAAUAUCUUCAAGAAGAUUCUGCUCAGUGCACUAUCUGAUGUAUCAAAGUAUGUUUCUAAUUAAAUGACCGGGCAUUGUCAUUGUAAAAGCACUCCAGUGAUAAGUAUGACCAACUUGUUCACUUAUCCAUUUGUCUUUGAUCAUCUCUGAGUUGAGUUUUCCAACACCAUGUUUUAGCCAAGCUACAGUAUGUGACAACUCAUGGGGUUAUGUUUUUUAGCUGGUUUUAAACAUUGGUUGUCAAAAUGAGUUGCAAUUAGAAUGUUAUUUAUUAAACCACCCACAUCCUGGGGUGAGAACAACCAUUUAUAACCCCAGGUCAGGAUGCUAGGCUCAGGUGUGUGCUCCACAUUGUUCAGGCUUAACAACAAUUUGCCAGUCUAUCAACACACGUACAACCCUUGCUUAACAUCUGUCGAGGGACAGCCAGUCACACUCUUGUUCCACCUGUUAGUCAUAUUCCACACCAAGACAAUUUGAAGCACAACCCUGGUGCCCCUUCUUUCCUAGACCUGGCAACUCCACUUCAUCACUCAUUCUUUGCUUUCCUCACAGUGGCUAGAAAAUAUACACCCUAUGUUGAAAACAUUUAAAAGUUUGAGUAUACAAUGUCUACCAUCAGAAUUUGUACAUUUAAGAAUUUAAAGAAAAAAAUUUGAGCAACUAAGCUAAACCAUUUGUCUAGUGCUAAAUAUGAAUGUACCAAUAGUUCAGUAUGCUUCUUAUCAAUUCUGGAAGAAAAAAAGAUCCUCAUAAUAAAAAAAGCUUAUUAAAUACUGUGUAUUUAUUUUCUAUCGAAAUAAUGUGCUGUGUAUUUAUUUAAACUUCUAAGUCUUAAUUCCUUUUUUAAAAUGCUUCAUCUAUCUGUAAGAAUGAAAAUUACUUCUAAGCUGGACUUAACCCAGUGCACUCUGUACAAGAGCAUAAUUUUGAAACAAAAUAUUUUAACUGUUAACUUCCUGAAUUUGUAAUUUGAUUAAAAGUCUUUUUUUUUCUUUC